CGCUGGACGAACAUCCUUGCCGGAAGGUCGCCAACCUGCAAGUUCCCGCGGAACGACGCUGGACGAACAUGAUCGACGGAAGGUCCAGCACAAUCGAAUUAAGUCCGCGGUCCUGGCCAAUUCCUUUCAAAUUUCGUUUAAUGCCACCCGGAAUUGCCAUGCGGAACGGCAAUGGCGGUUCCCUCUGAAUGACCCUGGCUGAACAUGCUCGCCGGAAGGUCGCCAACCUGCAAGUUCGCGCGGGACGACCCUGGACGAACAUCCUUGCCGGAAGGUCGCCAACCUGCAAGUUCCCGCGGGACGACCCUGGACGAACAUGCUCGAUGGACGGUCCGCACCAGCAAGUUCUCGCGAGACGACGCCGGACGAACAUGCUCGCCGGAAGGUCGCCAACCUGCAAGUCCGCGCGGGACGACCCUGGACGAACAUGCUCGCCGGAAGGUCGCCACCUGGAAGUUCCCGCAGAACGACGCUGGACGAACAUCCUUGCCGGAAGGUCGCCACCUGGAAGUUCCCGCGAAACGACGCUGGAUGAACAUCCUUGCCGGAAGGUCGCCAACCUGCAAGUUCGUGCGGAACGAAGCUGGACGAACAUGCUCGACGGAAGGUCGGCACCUGCAAGUUCCCGCGAAACGACGCUGGAUGAACAUCCUUGCCGGAAGGUCGCCAACCUGCAAGUUCCCGCGGGACGAACAUGCUCGACGGACGGUCCGCACCAGCAAGUUCUCGCGGGACGACGCUGGACGAACAUCGUUGCCGGAAGGUCGCCAACCUGCAAGUUCCCGCGGAACGACGCUGGACGAACAUGCUCGCCGGAAGGUCCAGCACAAUCGAAUUAAGUCCGCGGUCCUGGCCAAUUCCUUUCAAAUUUCGUUUAAUGCCACCCGAAAUUGCCGGCGGAAGGUCGGGACUCCUCGGAACAACGCUGCACAGAACAGGGACACCGGAAGAUUACCAAUCUGCAAGACCAACCGGAGCCAAUCCUUACGCGCUUGGAACGAGUAAUUCAUGUUUAUACCAUAAAUCAAUAAAAUUAUUACUUAAGAUUUUAUGAAAAUAAACUUGCGAAACUCAAAAACGACUGUUUUAAUAACAACAAACCGAAUGACAGAUGACAGAGGAAGAAGAAGAAGAGCACAAUAAAACAGGUUGAUGCGCGUCUGAUUUUUCACCAUUACGUCGUUCUUACAUCGCCCCCGCAUGUAGGCCUCUUGCGAUGUUCGAACAACCUUGACAGGUUGACGUUUCGGGUGCAAAAUACCUUGAUUCGGGUCUGAUGCGUGUCUCAAAAUCAGACCCGCAUCGGCCCCUGUAGGUCUGAUCGUCGUUCUUACGAUCAGACCCGAUCGGCCCCGUAUUUCUUACUGGGCAAA